GUGGAAUCCACAAUAUUUUCUUUACGUGACAAUUUGGGGAGAGCUUUUGCAGAGCAUGUUUCUAUGAAAAUUAUAGCCUAUUUAGUCUCAAUUUCUCCACCUUUAAAUAAAUAAAAUUAUCCAUGAAGGGCUUUAUUGACUGCCACUGUCACAUCUCUGCAGGAGAUUUCGACAAUGACAUAGAAGAUGUGAUUGAGAAUUCUAAAAAGGCUGGGCUUUUAGCACUACUAGCAGUAGCAGAAAAUGUCGGAGAGUUUGAAAAGAUUAUACAGCUGUCACAGAGGUUCCCAGGCUUUAUUUUCCCUUGUUUAGGAGUCCAUCCUAUACAGGGUACAGCUCCUGAGCCACAGAGAGGAGCCUUACUCCAGGAUUUAGAUGCUGCUUUGCCCCUGAUAGAGAAAUAUAAAGACCAUCUUGUUGCUAUUGGGGAGGUAGGCUUGGAUUUCACCCCCAGAUUUGUCAAUGGUGACGCAGACAAAGACAGUCAAAGACAGGUGCUUAUUCGGCAGGCAGAGAUUGCAAAACAACUGGACCUUCCGCUAAAUGUCCAUUCAAGAUCUGCAGGCAGACCUACUAUACACCUGCUAAAGGAACAAGGUGUUGAGAAAGCUCUUCUUCAUGCUUUUGAUGGGAAACCCUCAGUUGCCAUGGAGGGAGUGAAGGCUGGGUAUUACUUCUCCAUUCCUCCAUCUAUAGUAAGAAGUGAACAGAAGCAGAACCUAGUGAAACAGCUGCCGUUGGAGAGCAUGUGUCUAGAAACCGAUUCACCUGCCUUGGGUCCAGAGAAACAGGUGAGAAAUGAGCCAAAGAAUAUCUCUGUCUGCGCUGAGUACAUCAGUAAGAUCAAAGGGGUUCCCUUGGAAAUGGUGAUGGAGGUGACGACACAGAAUGCCCUGCGCCUGUUCCCUCGGCUCAAGACAUUACUCAGAGCCUGAACAACCAAGUCCGGGUUUCAAUCCAAGGCAUGUUAUAUAGCAGUGCAUGGCUCUUGACCUUUUUAAAGGUAAUUUACGCUUGAGGGAAAGGGAAAGGGGGACACUUAGUCAGUUGUACAACUGAAUGCAUUCAACUGAAAUGUGUCU